AUGUCAUCCUCCAACCCCUCCUCCAGGACAUACAGGAUCAAUGUCCCUUGUACCUCGGCAAACAUAGGACCAGGGUUCGAUGUGUGCGGUAUCGCCUUAUCCAAGUCACUCUCUCUAAAAGUCACUAUCCCUUCUAACCCUUCCGACCAGCCCUCAUUACCAAUCAUCAAAUAUACAGGCUUAGACUCGGAGAACGUCCCUUUAUCACCAUACAAAAACCUUCUCACUCGAGUAGCACUCUACGUCCUUCGUUCACACGGUAUCAACACUUUCCCUGAUGCAGUUACUAUCGAGGCCCAUAAUGAAAUUCCAUUCGGACGAGGGUUAGGUUCGUCAGGAGCGGCAGUCAUCGCUGGUGUAUUAUUAGGAGACUUAUUAGGAAAUUUGAAUUUGUCCAGAGGGAGAUUAUUGGAUUUCGCAUUGAUGGUUGAAAGACAUCCUGAUAAUGUCACUGCCGCUUUGAUGGGUGGAUUCGUAGGAAGUUACUUAAGAGAAUUAUCGCCCGAAGAUAUGUCCGCUGCGUCAAUCCCACUUGCUGAAGUUUUACCUGAGUACCCACCUGAUGCUGGACCUGAUUGGGGAAAGAAUCCACCAUUACCUCCUAAUGGGAUAGGACAUUAUGUUAGAUUCGGUUGGGCAAAGGAGAUUAAAGCGAUUGCUGUUAGUCCGAGAUUCGAGUUGGCGACUGCUAAAGCGAGGGGAGUAUUGCCUGAUAGUUAUACAAGGAAGGAUUUGAUAUUCAACCUUCAACGACUCGCUGUACUCACUACGGCUCUCGCCAGAUCACCUCCAGACCCUGAUCUCAUAUACGAUGCGAUGGGUGAUAGAGUCCAUCAACCCUACCGAAUGACCCUUAUCCCCGGACUCCCUAAGAUCCUUACUGAACUUACGCCAACCUCACACCCUGGAUUACUAGGUAUCUGUCUCUCCGGAGCGGGUCCGACCAUCCUCGCGCUUGCGACGCACAAUUUUGAUUCGAUAGCUGCUGAGAUCGAGAGGAUAUUCAAGAGCGAGGGAGUCGAGGUGGAUUGGAGUUUGUUGGACGUCGAUGAGAGGGGAAGUACGGUCGAGGAGAUGUAA